AUGUUGGGAUACAGUUCUGGAGAAGUAAUUCCAAAUACAUUUGGAGAAGGGAAAGGUGUCAUCUGGCUGGAUAAUCUCAAUUGUACUGGAUCAGAAUAUGAUCUUGAAGUUUGUCCCAAUCUUUCCUGGGGAAUGCAUAACUGUCAACACGCUGAUGAUGUUGCCAUUAAAUGUUUCAAAGAAGCAAUUACAACCUUAUCAUCAACCACAAGUAUACCUCCAACUUCCUCAACAGACCAAAAUGCUCAAUGCCCAAGAGGAUACUAUUCUUUAACUGGGAACCAACCAUGCACUAAAUGUCCUGUAAACUUUUACCAAAAUUUAGUUGGUAGUACUAAAUGUCUUGAAUGUAGCAGUUCCAGUUUCACAAAUGGCACAGGUGCAACUGAGUGCCUCACCUGCACAAAUGUGAAUUGCACACAGUGUAAGAGUAAUGAAAAAGUAAAAAUUGAAAACCAUCAAAUAACAUGUGUUGUUAAAAAGUGCACAUAUAAACGGAUUGAAUCAAAAAAACACCUGGUUUAUCAAACAUACAUAAAAGACUGUGGAUCUCAGUGCCCAAGAGGAUACUAUUCUUUAACUGGGAACCAACCAUGCACUAAAUGUCCUGUAAACUUUUACCAAAAUUUAGUUGGAAGUACUAAAUGUCUUGAAUGUAGCAGUUCCAGUUUCACAAAUGGCACAGGUGCAACUGAGUGCCUCACCUGCACAAAUGUGAAUUGCACACAGUGUAAGAGUAAUGAAAAAGUAAAAAUUGAAAACCAUCAAAUAACAUGUGUUGUUAAAAAGUGCACAUAUAAACGGAUUGAAUCAAAAAGUUUAACUUCUCCAAAGAAAUUUAAUGGUCUUGACGAGGCAGAAUGUAAAUUCAGAUGUGAUGUAGUUGUGAAUUUUCCAGUUUCACAAAUGGCACAGGUGCAACUGAGUGCCUCACCUGCACAAAUGUGA